AUGCUGGAACAGGAGAUGGACACUUAUGCAGAUCUACCUGCGCCCGCAGAGGCAGACGGCGCGGCCGAGCCAGGUCCAAAGCGACAGAGAACAGCGGACGGCGCCGAUGCCAGAGCUCCGGAUGCCGGUGGGGCUGGGCUCAUGGAAGCCGAAGAGCCCGCUGGGACGGACGCUUUGGAGAGCACCUUGAGUCAAAUCAUGCAGACGGAUUUUGACAUCUCCUCCGUUCCUGCUGAGUCAGCGGCGUCUGACAUUCCGGCUACCGAAGGCUGCAUUCUUCGUGAAGUGAGUGAGCUGGAACGCACUAUUGCAGACUAUGGCCCCAGUUCUUCGUGGUCCUCCACCUUCAGACACGUGGUCCAAGGAGCACUGGCCGUACAUCGCUUACGACUCCUCGAUGUCAGUCGGCGAGAGGAAGUUUUGUUUCUCGAGCUUGUUGAGGGGUCUGGGAGACACGUCCGAGCCCAUGGUGGGCAGUGCUUCUUCUAUUCGGAGCACGGGCACUGGAACGCCUACAAGGGCGUCAUUCCCGAGGGCACACUGGCACGAUGCAAGAAGUUUCUCGUCCAGCUGGAGGGCCUUUAUGCGUCCUUUCACGGGAAUGUCUUCCGGGAUCACGAUGGAAUUUUAAAGGCUUCCCAAGAACUAUUGGAGAGACACUCGCUCCAAUCCGACAUCCUUCUGACUGCGUGCGAGAAGGCUGCCAUCUGCCGUAUGCCCCCGAAGUCCAAAGGAAGCAAUCCGGGGGAGGUCGACGACGUUCAAGAUCCGGGCGAUGACAAGGUCCAUUGGACAGUGGCCAUGGCCAACACCAUCGGCAAGCUGUACGUCAAAUUGCAGACUUCUCUCCUCAAUGACAGCAUCAUCAAGUACUACAUCGCGUGGUGUUCUCAGGACGUCAAGCCAGCGGGAGGUUUCUGCACGACCGAUGCAGCCUUCGCAUUCACCGCAGACGGCUUGCAUCCAGUUCGCAAGACACCACGCAACAACAUGUACGUCUACCUGCCACACAGAAUGCUGGAUCCCGUUGCAGAGGAUGUCAAGAAACGAGUCGAGCUCUUCUGGAAGACCACAUACUGGGCCAACGCGGAAGCAUUCCAGGUCUUCAUGGCUUCCUUCGUACUAGCUCUGCGUGGCGAAAAUGUAGACCGUGCAUUCUGGGGCAUCGGUUCCGGUGGAGUCGGACAGAGCCUACAGACGGCACAUUUGGAGGCGAUCCUCGGAGAGUACCACACUUGCCUGGACAUGAACAUCUACUUUGUGGACGAGGAGAUGCGGAAACAGGCGGCGAACAUUGUUGGCAAGAUCGUUGUCACGGGGCAGGAAAGUGUGCAAGGCAGUCGGCGCUCCAUGAGAGAGGACAUAUACAAGAAACAUAUCUCUGCCGACAAAGUGCCGGAACGUUUGCCUUAUGCCAUCCACACGGCAUUGGUCGAGUUGCGCGGCUGGAAACGCUUCGAACUCAACACAGCACCAAAGUUCGGCGGUGUCACCGAUGAGACCAUCAACUCUAUUCUCAGAAGAACAGCGGUCUGUGCCUACAAAAGCAGCUUCGUCGAUCCUGCUCGCAUCGCAGGAAGAGAGGAGCUGGCGGCGUCGCACGGAAUUUUCCCCCGGGACCCCACACUCAAAGAUUUCCUACGGGACAACCCGGCUUGCCUGGUAACACUGCGGUGCGUGUGGAACUAUGCCAGGAAUCGGACAGCGGAGCAAUGCCGCGAUGUCCUGGAGAAGUACGUUGUCCGUGGCGGGGACUGCGGCUUGACGCUGGCGACCGUCCGGCGCAGCUGUGGCUUAACGCCAAAUGAAACUCCGGAUGCCGACCCUGUGCGUGAGGUCUUGGACGCCCUUUCCAAGAAAGCAGCCGCGUCUGCUGUCGCAGAGCCUUCUGCAGAGGUCAAGGCUGCGGAGGUGCAGGCAGCCGCCGUCCAGGCCACCGUCGCCAAGCACAAAGCGGAGCAAGAGGAAUCCGUUAGUCAAUUGCGGGACUGGCUGGUCGCAGAGCGUAAAGACUGGUUCACCGCUGCACAGCUGAAAAGUGCCAAGGCCAAGUUCGUCUUCAAUUUCAACCGCUGUGAUGCCCAGCAGGUGAUCGACAAGAUGCUGGCGAGCGGCCGACUUGUAGCUGCACCUACAGUUCUGCCUAAGGUUGGCCAGACGACUCUUUACCUGCCGGUCUACUUCUGCGAGAAGUCACUUGACGCGGUGGUGUCUCUGGUUCAUGACACAGAGAUGACCUUCAUAGAGGCAUACCAUGUGUCCGGCGUUCGCUCUCGCCUGGCAGCAGACUCCUCGCGAAGUUUGAACAUCAGGACGCUCGCUGAGAAUUACAAGAAGAAAGAUGCGGCGCAGCAGCCCAACAAAAAGAAAGGAGCUCCCAAGCGAAACGCAGACGUCGAUGCUGCCGAUUCCAGCAUCUGGGAGGACCUUAUCCAGGCAUUAGACAGACAGACAUCCUUGCAUCGGGAGGUGCUGGAGGCGGCUCAGGAGGCGGAUUCAACAGACGAGAAUCUAUAUGUGAAAGUACAGCGUCAGUACUUCUAUCCCCGGGACAUCCGCUGCCGCCGAUAUGUCACAGAAGUCGGUGCUCAGAGUAUGUCUCGACUCACACGAGCCAUCUGCUGCCCUCAGACAGCUGACUACGACAUCGCCUCAGCCAUGUUCAACAUCGUCGUCCAACUAUGCGACAUGGUACAGCCGACAGGCCUGGAAAUUCCCUCAUGGCGUGCCAUUGCCACGAAUCGCAGCCGUGUUUGCAGUGAUCAGCUGAAGUGCACCGAAUCGGUCGGCAAGAAGAUUCUCACGGAGGUCGCCAAUGGAGCGAUGCCGUCGAACUUCAAGGACAUCCCAAAGCAAGGCCUGGCAUUUUUGACAGCACUUUCGACUGAAAGCCGCCGUCUGCGCUGGCUCGCUUGCUCGCAACUGCAAAGUCACUACCUGCAGUUGCGUCGCGGUUCCAGGACUCAGUGGCCAGAAGCAAGCAUAUUCGCCCUCUGGUGGACUGCCGCCGAAGACCUAAUCCUCCAGUCGAUGACUUGUUUCGUUCGGCAAGGCGAGGCCGCAGAACAUGUUUCGUGUCACUUCGACGGCAUUCUCGUGGCAAGAUCCUUGGUGCAGUCACUGGAAGAAACUACCGGCAAAAACAUGGUUUUUCUUCUUGAAGAGGCUGUGCUAAAGAAUACGAACUUCAAGGUUGUGCUGAAGGACAAGACCGUUCCAUCUUUGGAUACGCUGCUGGACAGCAGAUACGCCGCCGACUCUGCGAUCGUUUUCGUCGCAAUCGCGAAGGCUAAGUAUCUGCAGAAGAAAGGUGCCAUCCGUGAAGAUCAUAAAAAACUGCGGAGUCUCCGGGUCUCCAUAAAGAAGAAGGAGCAGGAGUUAGACGAGAUGGAGGACGAGAAGGAAGACAAGGCACCGGACGGAAGCAGCAAGGCGAAGGUCUCGGGUGAGUCGCGAGGAGGUGGGAAGGAGGUGGCCAAGGCGGCUAAGACAGAAAGUGCAGAGGGCAAGCCGAAGGGAGGAAAAGUCCGCGAACGCAGAGCGUCUGCUUGGAUUGGCGAACGGAGCACGUUCUGCAAGUGUGGACCAGAGCUCACAAGAGCCUUGUGGCAGGUGAACCGGUGCUAUCCGAUCAACUGCAUUCUUCCGAAUCCCAGCAGUCUGAUCAUGGCUCGCUUCUCCCAGUUCCCUUGGUUUGCGGAUGAGGACUUGGAGUUUCUCGGAACUCCGGUGGAACCGGAGGAAGAUUAUCGCCUCAUCGAUCAAGGCUGGCGUGUCGUCAGGGUGCGGACGAAAAUGCCGCCAACUGCCGUCGAUGCAGGAGGACAGCCGUCAGCCAAGAAGCCGGCCGUGUGCUGCUUGACUUUACAGCAGGAGAGCGAGCGUGAGUCCAAGGCCGCAAGUCCGGCCGAGGACAUUGCUGUUGACCAGUCGAACGAGGUCGCUGGCCCGGCGGAGGAUGUUGAAGCUGAGCAGUCGGAGCAGGCCACUGAUCUGGCCAAGGACUUGGCCGAUGAGCAGACGAGCAAGGCUGGGUGUCCAGCCGAUGAUGUUACUGCGAGCCCAUCGAAGCCGGCCGCUGAUCCAACCGAGGACGUCGCGGCUGAGCAGUCGAGCAAGGCUGGGUGUCCAGCCGAUGAUAUUACUGCGAACACAUCGAAGUUGGCCGCUGAUCCGACCGAGGACGUCGCGGCUGAGCAGUCGAACAUGGCCGCUGAUCCGGCCGGUGACAUUUCUGCUGAGCAGACGAAGCAUCAGGGGGAGCGCACCUACAACUGGACGAGCAUUGGAUGCUGCCAGAAGCAGGCCAAACAUGAUAGCGGUACGCCCAAGCAGUGCCCAGCUUUUGGCAGCGGAGGACUCAUGUCCGAAGUCUCUGACACGAAAUGUGCUGGCACUGCGCUGGCGACGAGCCAAGCAUCGAUCGAGUAUGGUCACGAGGAAGAAGUCGCACCGAUACGACGCUCCGUCGACGUGUCACUCGGCAGCGGGGAAGAGAAGUUCAAGGACGUGUGCCUCAUCGACACGUUGCGUGCCCACGGCUACAAGCUGGAGUAUGCGAGCGACGGCCCUUUCUGGGCGAUCCGAGACGGCAGCACCUUUCUGGAGCCGUUCGGGAAAGCAGUCGCUCGCACAACAUGGAGGCAGAUCUCGGCGGUCGCAGAUGGCCAGUUUGUGUUGACCAUCGGAGAGCACUUCGUCGCCCUGAGGAAGAAAGAAGGUGUGCUGGAAGUCAACCAAAGUAAUAAGCGACACGCAUGGAAGAAAGCGUGCACGCACCGCACACACUCCCCGCUUGUCUACUGCAACGAGAUGGCUGUCUGGGUCAUUGAUCCGACCGAGUGCACCGGAGUCUUCGUCAUUCAGGACAGCUUGGGCGGCGGAUCGGACUUAUCUGGUGGGAGCUUGCAAGGUCUUCCCGUGCAUCUCUCGAAAGAGCUCGUUUGCAGACUAGGAGAUCUUCGCACGGCCGUGCACUUCGAGCGUGCCUGCCGCGAGACACGCGACCUGGUUACGUCUUCGGACGUCUGGCUCGAUAGACACGCGGGCGUCCUGCCUGCGGCUGCCGUGGACAGGAACUGGCUGGGGGAUCGGAAGUCCUUGCUGGCCGCCGCAAUCGGCGGUUCUCGCAUCGUGGCUGUGGAAUGGCCAGUGCACGUCACGGCGAAGAAGGUCUGCGGCUCACUCAUCCGGAAGUGGAGCAUGCUGCAGCCCGUACUAUCGCUGGUCUACUUCCGCCUAAGCAGCACCGACCAGCCACGGCGUGUUGUGGUUUCAAUUGGAGGCUGCUCCCCCAUCGGGGAUCGCUGUUGGUGUGACAUGGGGGCGCCCUUUGCCGAAACUGUGAUGACUGAAUUGGGGCACAGUCGCCUUGGUCGCCCGAGCGAUAAAUUCCUCACUAGCAUCCCACAGUGCACGGCCGACCGCCUGUUGCAGGUACAGUGGUACAAUCACAGGCUGGAAGUUUUCCUCGACGGACACCGUCAUGGGAUGCUAUCCCUGCAGGACUGCGAUGUGGAGCAAUGGGCGCAUGUGACGGUGUCCAUGUUCGGCGAAGAGAAUUCGGCAGACGAUCAUCACAACCCGAGCAACAGCUGCUUUCUGCCGACGGAGCUCGGCACUAAAGCCUUUCUGUCAGCGCUGGACCUGCGUGGUGGAACGACAGACUGGUUGAGCGUGUCUCCUCCGCCGGUGUCAUUCCUCGGAAGCCUCCAGGACUUUCUGUGUCUGGCUAGCUGCAGCACGCAACUCAGGGAGUGCGUUCAGCAAGGCCGCUUUUGGCAUGACGUGGAUCUGGAAUUGAAAGUGCGGCUUCGUGCUAGUUUCUGCCAAUCUGCCUUCUUUGGUAACCUUUUGCAAGCGUGGGAAGAAGGCAUCAGGACAGUCUCCUGCUCUCCUUCCGUACUUCAUGCUCUGUCGUCUCUCGGGACGAAACUCUGGCUACACGGACAAGGAGAACACAUGCCGAGCCUGGUCGCUCCUAUGGGAAGCCCGCAGAGCUCCACACGCAUCGUGUACUGGAAGUCGGAGCACCAAACCUGUCAUCGAAGUUCCAUGCGUGUGCGGCUGCCAUGGGAUACGAACUUUCUGGUCUUGGCAUUGCGACGCUCAAACUUCCGUAGUACCCCAGAAAGCAGCACGUGCAUGGUGCUUCGGAGACCCUUUACUGCAACAGGGGAGAUGCAAUUCCGCCUGGCCAAUGGCGAACGGGUUGCCAUCCCCAUGCCGCAGCAUCUGAAGGAGGGAAGGAACUCAGGGCACACCUUCGCAUUUCACUGGGACAGCAACUUCCUGGAGUUCGCUGUGGACGGUCAUGACAUCGCGACCAUCCUUCUGACUGCGGAGCAGAGCAUCGAGCCUUGGGUAAGAAGUGCCGCAGUCUGCAUUACACCUUCCAGUGCUCAGAUAGAAAGCUUUCAAGUCGAAGCUCUCCCAUUCAAGUACAUGACGUCGUUCGGAUAUCCGGGAUGUGCGUACUGUGCCUGUGAAAGCCUGGCCUGCUGCAGUGAGUGCGAAUAUUGGUUCUGUCAGAACCAUGGAAUCGCGAACGCAGAUCUCUGUCUGGCAUGUGCUCCCGAAUACUAUCUCGAAGACCGUCUCGGUGGGACUUCGGUGCAGGUGACCUCGGCCGUCCGCUUGCAGAUCGAGAAACGCCGUCUACAGGCACUGCGCAAACAGUAUCUGUGUUUCCAAGGAGAUGAGCUCAGAUUCGAACAACUCUGCCAUCGUCUGGUCGAUGUCGAAGACAGGCUCUCAAUGAUCUUCUCCAAUGAGCAACAGGCCAUGGAAGCUCAGGAGGCUGUAUCAGAUGUCCAUUUGAUGCAGCGAGUCCAGGAAGCGCGUGGCCAGCUGGGUGACAGUGUUUUCUUCUCAGUGGCAACACACAUGGACCGGCCGACCGGCACCGGCUCCUUGCUUGACUUCGGGCUGGACACUUUCCUGCCGAUAAGUCUAAGGCAGUGGACUGGUCCCCGCUCUAUUUGCGCAGCAAGUCCGUCUUCUUUCAAUGUGGAACGUCUUGAAGGACUGGAAAUUCUGGAUAUUUUGGCCAUUGUGCACACGCACCCGCGGGACACGCAUUUGGAGUUUCGCGAGGCGGAUCACACAUACACCUGGCGGGGCCGGAAGGUUUCUAUGUCUGUGACGGGUCUUAUUCACAAGCUUGCCCGGAGCUUCAACGCUGUGGAAGCCGUGCGAGCCAUGCGCGGCGGUCGCAAUUGGCCACGUGCCGACUAUCUGUCUACGAACGCUGUCUCGGAACUUCGACGAGCCUUGCGAGCGGAGGGACCCGCGGACGCGGUGCUGUCUCAUCUAGUGGAAUCCUCCGACGUGGAUGUCGAAGCCAUCUGCUGCCGACUUCGGAACCUCGUGUGGACACAUCCUGGGUAUCGUCAUCUAGCGGAGAUCGUUACUUUGACAGACACGCAGAUUCUGGGCAUGUGGGACAACAAUCGCAGGAAGGCCGCGUCGCAGGGAACCUGGACACAUGCUCUUUGCGAGUGCUUGCUGAAUGGCGGCAGUGUACCCUUGCAGUCAACAGAGAUGUGCACUUUUCUGAAGUUUCUGCGUGCCUUCACCUCAGAGGGAUGGACCAUUUAUCGAACGGAGUGGACCAUCUACGCGGAGGCUGAGGAUCUGGCCGGCUCCAUCGACGCUGUGGCGAAGCGUGGCUCGGAGAUCUGUCUUCUGGACUGGAAGCGGACGAAGCAGCUGGCGUCCAAGGAUUGCAGCUUUGGUCGCAAACUGCACUUUCCACUCGAGGACACAGAGGACUCCGUGGUCUGGCACUACCGCAUUCAGCUCAACAUCUACGCUUGGAUCCUUCGACAAUACUACGAUGUAGCUGCAACGGACCUGCGAAUUGUGUGUCUUCACCCAGACAACGGGUUUGAGUCCUUGGUCAUUCCCGUACCCAUCCUCUCGGAUCGGGUUGACAGACUCAUGUCUUGGCGGCGAGAUGAUCUGAGGUCUUGUGUGCGGCUGACUUCCUCGACUCGGGAAGAUCUUCGCGGCGGCAGCCAGCCUCCAGACUCCCAAAACCCGUCAUUGUCACAAAUGAUGGAACAGGAGAUGGACACUUAUGCAGAUCUACCUGCGCCCGCAGAGGCAGACGGCGUGGCCGAGCCAGGUCCAGAGCGACAGAAAACAGCGGACGGCGCCGAUGUCAGAGCUCUGGACGCCGGUGGGGCUAGGCUCAUGGAAGCCGAAGAGCCCGCUGGGACGGACGCUUUGGAGAGCACCUUCAGUCAGAUCAUGCAGACGGAUUUUGAUAUCCCCUCCGUUCCUGCUGAGUCAGCGGCGUCUGACGUUCCGGCUACCGAAGGCUGCAUUCUUCGUGAAGUGGCACGCAACAACAUGUACGUCUACCUGCCACGCAGAAUGCUGGAUCCCGUUGCAGAGGAUGUCAGGAAACGAGUCGAGCUCUUCUGGAAGACCACAUACUGGGCCAACGCGGAAGCAGUCCAGGUCUUCAUGGCUUCCUUCGUACUAGCUCCGCGUGGCGAAAAUGUAGACCGUGCAUUCUGGGGCAUCGGUUCCGGCGGAGUCGGACAGAGCCUACAGACGGCACAUUUGGAGGCGAUCCUCGGAGAGUACCACGCUUGCCUGGACAUGAACAUCUACUUUGUGGACGAGGUUCUAGCUGGACAGGAGAUGCGGAAACAGGCGGCGAACCUUGUUGACAAGAUCGUUGUCACGGGGCAGGAAAGUGUGCAAGGCAGUCGGCGCUCCAGGAGAGAGGACAUAUACAAGAAACAUAUUUCUGCCAACAAAGUGCCGGAACGUUUGCCUUAUGCCAUCCAGACGGCAUUGGUCGAGUUGCGCGGCUGGAAACGCUUCGAACUCAACACAGCACCAAAGUUCGGCGGUGUCACCGAUGAGACCAUCAACUCUAUUCUCAGAAAUCGGGCUGACAGACUCAUGUCUUGGCGGCGAGAUGAUCUGAGGUCUUGUGUGCGGCUGACUUCCUCGACUCGGGAAGAUCUUCGCGGCGGCAGCCAGCCUCCAGACUCCCAAAACCCGUCAUUCUCACAAAUGCUGGAACAGGAGAUGGACACUUAUGCAGAUCUACCUGCGCCCGCAGAGGCAGACGGCGCGGCCGAGCCAGGUCCAAAGCGACAGAGAACAGCGGACAGCGCCGAUGCCAGAGCUCCGGAUGCCGGUGGGGCUGGGCUCAUGGAAGCCGAAGAGCCCGCUGGGACGGACGCUUUGGAGAGCACCUUGAGUCAAAUCAUGCAGACGGAUUUUGACAUCUCCUCCGUUCCUGCUGAGUCAGCGGCGUCUGACAUUCCGGCUACCGAAGGCUGCAUUCUUCGUGAAGUGAGUGAGCUGGAACGCACUAUUGCAGACUAUGGCCCCAGUUCUUCGUGGUCCUCCACCUUCAGACACGUGGUCCAAGGAGCACUGGCCGUACAUCGCUUACGACUCCUCGAUGUCAGUCGGCGAGAGGAAGUUUUGUUUCUCGAGCUUGUUGAGGGGUCUGGGAGACACGUCCGAGCCCAUGGUGGGCAGUGCUUCUUCUAUUCGGAGCACGGGCACUGGAACGCCUACAAGGGCGUCAUUCCCGAGGGCACACUGGCACGAUGCAAGAAGUUUCUCGUCCAGCUGGAGGGCCUUUAUGCGUCCUUUCACGGGAAUGUCUUCCGGGAUCACGAUGGAAUUUUAAAGGCUUCCCAAGAACUAUUGGAGAGACACUCGCUCCAAUCCGACAUCCUUCUGACUGCGUGCGAGAAGGCUGCCAUCUGCCGUAUGCCCCCGAAGUCCAAAGGAAGCAAUCCGGGGGAGGUCGACGACGUUCAAGAUCCGGGCGAUGACAAGGUCCAUUGGACAGUGGCCAUGGCCAACACCAUCGGCAAGCUGUACGUCAAAUUGCAGACUUCUCUCCUCAAUGACAGCAUCAUCAAGUACUACAUCGCGUGGUGUUCUCAGGACGUCAAGCCAGCGGGAGGUUUCUGCACGACCGAUGCAGCCUUCGCAUUCACCGCAGACGGCUUGCAUCCAGUUCGCAAGACACCACGCAACAACAUGUACGUCUACCUGCCACACAGAAUGCUGGAUCCCGUUGCAGAGGAUGUCAAGAAACGAGUCGAGCUCUUCUGGAAGACCACAUACUGGGCCAACGCGGAAGCAUUCCAGGUCUUCAUGGCUUCCUUCGUACUAGCUCUGCGUGGCGAAAAUGUAGACCGUGCAUUCUGGGGCAUCGGUUCCGGUGGAGUCGGACAGAGCCUACAGACGGCACAUUUGGAGGCGAUCCUCGGAGAGUACCACACUUGCCUGGACAUGAACAUCUACUUUGUGGACGAGGAGAUGCGGAAACAGGCGGCGAACAUUGUUGGCAAGAUCGUUGUCACGGGGCAGGAAAGUGUGCAAGGCAGUCGGCGCUCCAUGAGAGAGGACAUAUACAAGAAACAUAUCUCUGCCGACAAAGUGCCGGAACGUUUGCCUUAUGCCAUCCACACGGCAUUGGUCGAGUUGCGCGGCUGGAAACGCUUCGAACUCAACACAGCACCAAAGUUCGGCGGUGUCACCGAUGAGACCAUCAACUCUAUUCUCAGAAGAACAGCGGUCUGUGCCUACAAAAGCAGCUUCGUCGAUCCUGCUCGCAUCGCAGGAAGAGAGGAGCUGGCGGCGUCGCACGGAAUUUUCCCCCGGGACCCCACACUCAAAGAUUUCCUACGGGACAACCCGGCUUGCCUGGUAACACUGCGGUGCGUGUGGAACUAUGCCAGGAAUCGGACAGCGGAGCAAUGCCGCGAUGUCCUGGAGAAGUACGUUGUCCGUGGCGGGGACUGCGGCUUGACGCUGGCGACCGUCCGGCGCAGCUGUGGCUUAACGCCAAAUGAAACUCCGGAUGCCGACCCUGUGCGUGAGGUCUUGGACGCCCUUUCCAAGAAAGCAGCCGCGUCUGCUGUCGCAGAGCCUUCUGCAGAGGUCAAGGCUGCGGAGGUGCAGGCAGCCGCCGUCCAGGCCACCGUCGCCAAGCACAAAGCGGAGCAAGAGGAAUCCGUUAGUCAAUUGCGGGACUGGCUGGUCGCAGAGCGUAAAGACUGGUUCACCGCUGCACAGCUGAAAAGUGCCAAGGCCAAGUUCGUCUUCAAUUUCAACCGCUGUGAUGCCCAGCAGGUGAUCGACAAGAUGCUGGCGAGCGGCCGACUUGUAGCUGCACCUACAGUUCUGCCUAAGGUUGGCCAGACGACUCUUUACCUGCCGGUCUACUUCUGCGAGAAGUCACUUGACGCGGUGGUGUCUCUGGUUCAUGACACAGAGAUGACCUUCAUAGAGGCAUACCAUGUGUCCGGCGUUCGCUCUCGCCUGGCAGCAGACUCCUCGCGAAGUUUGAACAUCAGGACGCUCGCUGAGAAUUACAAGAAGAAAGAUGCGGCGCAGCAGCCCAACAAAAAGAAAGGAGCUCCCAAGCGAAACGCAGACGUCGAUGCUGCCGAUUCCAGCAUCUGGGAGGACCUUAUCCAGGCAUUAGACAGACAGACAUCCUUGCAUCGGGAGGUGCUGGAGGCGGCUCAGGAGGCGGAUUCAACAGACGAGAAUCUAUAUGUGAAAGUACAGCGUCAGUACUUCUAUCCCCGGGACAUCCGCUGCCGCCGAUAUGUCACAGAAGUCGGUGCUCAGAGUAUGUCUCGACUCACACGAGCCAUCUGCUGCCCUCAGACAGCUGACUACGACAUCGCCUCAGCCAUGUUCAACAUCGUCGUCCAACUAUGCGACAUGGUACAGCCGACAGGCCUGGAAAUUCCCUCAUGGCGUGCCAUUGCCACGAAUCGCAGCCGUGUUUGCAGUGAUCAGCUGAAGUGCACCGAAUCGGUCGGCAAGAAGAUUCUCACGGAGGUCGCCAAUGGAGCGAUGCCGUCGAACUUCAAGGACAUCCCAAAGCAAGGCCUGGCAUUUUUGACAGCACUUUCGACUGAAAGCCGCCGUCUGCGCUGGCUCGCUUGCUCGCAACUGCAAAGUCACUACCUGCAGUUGCGUCGCGGUUCCAGGACUCAGUGGCCAGAAGCAAGCAUAUUCGCCCUCUGGUGGACUGCCGCCGAAGACCUAAUCCUCCAGUCGAUGACUUGUUUCGUUCGGCAAGGCGAGGCCGCAGAACAUGUUUCGUGUCACUUCGACGGCAUUCUCGUGGCAAGAUCCUUGGUGCAGUCACUGGAAGAAACUACCGGCAAAAACAUGGUUUUUCUUCUUGAAGAGACUGUGCUAAAGAAUACGAACUUCAAGGUUGUGCUGAAGGACAAGACCGUUCCAUCUUUGGAUACGCUGCUGGACAGCAGAUUGAAGCCAAGUCAGGUCAGCUCCCAAUUGCGCAUGUAUGAAGAAACCUUGACGGCUGUUUCCAAUUCUAUUCCUGCCGCAAUGGUUUUCUUGGGUGCGGACGUGAAGCAAAUCAUUCUGCGUCUGCGGGAGGAGUCUCCGGCCAACACCAAAGCCGAGACUCGUCACCUUCGGCAGUACUCCGACUGGAAUGGCUGCGGCGACCUCCACCUGGUGCCGCGAUCCGCUUUCACGACUGAGGCUGCCUCCGACUUCCUUCUUCAUCUCGAACUUCCGGAGUCCUCCAUCUGCAUGGGUGUCAAGAUGCUCCCUAAUAACAUGAUCGGGCUUAUGCGCGGUGGCCGCGUCUUCGAAGGCUCCAUGUUCGAUCUGAUGGACCUACUGGAAGCCUUCCACGGGCUGAAGGAGACUUUUUGCUUCGACGCAGUCUCAAAGUCGCCAGAACUAGAUGAUGGCACGUCCGGCUUUCUCGACCUGCUUGCAGGGUCGUCUUCUGGGGGGACGUCCAAGAAGCGACCUGCGGCACAAGCAGACGCGGUGCAAGGACAGGGCCCUCGGAACGAAGGGGAAGUCGAUGUCGGUGGCGAGCUGCUGAAUUUCAUGAAGCGCGAGAUUGAGGAAGCUCUGGACAAUGUCAACUGCCAGGCCAGCACGACCUUCUCCACAACCACAUGUCCGUGCUGCCCGUGGCGCCGUUUUAGCAAGCGCGCACACCUGCGGCAGCAUCUCACCUCCCAACACACGACAGCCAAGCGCUACUGCCCCUCCGGCACCAAGCAACUGAGAAUUGCCGUGUCGAUGUAUGACCAGGACGCGAUCAAGGGGAAGGAGAUGCAGCCGUACUUUCUUAGCAGAGCCGCAGCUGUCAUGCGCUUGGAUGUCAAACCUCCCGUGCCCACGAAGGUCGUCGAGAUCGACAGCUUCGUGAGGUACGUGUUUGACAAGGACGGUCCCAUCAUCAUGGCCUUGCAUACCAUCAAAAAGAGGCAUGACUUGAGACGCGUCGGCAACCUUUACUACACGCAUGCCUUUGCGUGUGCAUUUUUGGAAGCCGCAGCAGCAGCGAACGGCUCGCUGCAUAAAAUCUGUUGCUCCUUUCUGCGGUGCUGCAAGCGCCACGAUGGUGAACUCUCCUCUUUGCUUCCGCGGUCAACGAAUUCAUUCUGGAUCAACGUAUUCGAGGACUUGAUGAAUGCCCCGCCUGUCCUGAAGUACCGUGAUGCCCUGCUUCAAGAGUGUCGUGACCAUAAUGAGUUUCGCUACCUCAGCAUUGAUGCGACCUUCAAGGUGAAUCUCAAAAUCAUCGGCCAGGCAAAUUUCCACUCCUCGCAAUCACUGCGGGAUGAUGCUGCCAUUCCAGAAGCCGAGGCUGCGUAUCGCACCUUGACCUGCCGAGGUCGAACUGGCGCCGCUCUUUUGGUUGCCAUGGUUCGCUCCGAGAAGGCUAGUGUCAUCGCCGAUGCCUUGGCAAACGAGCUUUCUCUUCAGCAGAGGACCCAGGUGCAGCAUGUGGCUUCUGAUAAUCCGUCACCGGAGAUGUUCCGCGUCCUCAGACAAGUGUUGCCCCAUCUGGAGAGCAUUGCCCUGGACGCCAUGCAUAUUAUCAUGGUGUACCAGCAGAACAUGAGUAACAAGAAAACUCAUGGCAGUCGGUGGCUCGCCGUCAUCAUGGACAAGUUCCGCAAGCGAGAUGCGGCCCGCACAGCAGCAGCCUGGGGACCGUUCUACACUGGGCAGUCGCUGCCACCUGCCAGUGUGGACGUUCGCUGCAUGCGACUCCGACUGGAGAAACCGGACAUGUCACACGCUCAGGCGCACAACUUGCUGGAGAAGUUGAAUCCAGACACGCCGUGGCUGACGGAGAUUGACUUCCUCGAAGCAUGCGUGGCCCAUCUGUCGCUGUUCGCUGACGAGGUCAGUAAAACUACUUACUCUGGUGCUUCGCUGCAUCGCCUCAUCAUCAACGUGGCGUCCGCAGUCAAGGUCCAGUGGUUGUUCAACGAUACUCGCCACCGACAUGCCGUACAUCCAGGUGAACUAACGCUCCUACCAAGCGGCACCACAUCCAAUGAAAGUCUCCAUCACGAGAUCAAUCAUUGGUUCCGAGAGACUGCUGCUCGGCUGCAACGAACAUGUGCCUUUCCGACGCAGGGCAUGCUUCCUGUGUCUGCUAAUCACCCCGAGGCGGCUUUGCACAAAUCCACUUUCGGGAUGAAGCUGAAUUUGUUUCACUUUGUGAAACUGUUCACGCACAAUCAGGCCUUGUACAGGCCUCUCCAGAGGCAAGCAGAUCAGUCCGAGAUAGCAUCACGGGCAAUGAAAGCUAAUGUUCGUUUCAUGCUACCGCAAGCUGCCUGGCGGACGUGGUGUCGGCAGCUUAAGGCUCCCGGUGCCACGCCGGCAAGAGCUGCUCUGCAUGUUUUGAAGCAAGGACGACGUGUCCGUGUCGCACUUCGAGACAAAGCGACUGCUUCCUUGCCCGAGGCUCGUGCUUCCAGCAGCAAGCCGAAGGCUCCGCGCUUGCCGCGAAGCAAGCCAACCCGGCGAACACCGUUUCGACUGAGGAACCUCAGUCCGGUGAUUCGCCCCGGUCGCCGGUCCAAGGAGGUGUAG